AUUUUCUUCUAACUUUUUUGAGAAUCUUAAGAUUUGUAUUCUGUGACCACCUGUGAUUUCUGUGUUUAUGGUAUAGAAUAGGCUUGCAUUUCUGAAUUUUUUCGGAGAUUUGAAAAAUUUCGAUAGUAAAUAUGAUGGGUGUUUAUCGGAAACAUUGAUCUUAAUUUUCUUGCAGUCGGUUGCGAGAGUGCCCUAUUUUUGAUAUUGAUGUCAAAUUAUUUUCUGAAGGAAAUAGUGCCAUGUGUGAUAACCAAAAUUUUGAAUCUCCGAAUCCUUUAAACAUGGAUCAGAUCACGAACGAUGAUAUUAAAAGUCUUCUGGACUAUUUUUCCAAAAAUACAUAUGGUGCCAAAGCAGAGGACUUAGAGGCAAAUACCAUCUUACAGAGAUGUAUAAGUCUCAUGAAGCUGGACUAUAGCCUUAUGGUGGUGCAAAACAAUAACGGAGAAUUGAGUUCUCACUACCCUAGUCAGCUACCAAUCCUAGAAUAUGAGAAUGGCAGUAAUCAGAAUCUCAAUUCCAGUCAGUCUGCUCAAAGAACCACUAACACUAUUUAUGAGAGUAUUUAUGAUGUUCAGAAAAUACGUGAUUUAUUCUACAGAGCAAAAUUCGCAAGGUGCCGUGCACGUUUUCCAAUUCCUGUAAUACUUUAUAAAGGUAAAUACAUAUGCCGUUCCUCCACACUAUCAGGUGGUCCUGAAAUUUAUGGCAGAUCUGGCUUAGACUAUCUGUUUUAUGGUAGUGGUGAUACAUCAUCAAAACCUAGGACAGAAGAUGAAGUUGAUGUUGCUUGUGAAUCAGAAACUGUUUCCUCUCAGUCAGAUUGGCAACUUUUUGAUAAAGUUCGAAGUCAGGAUAUCAAAUUACUGAAGAAACUCAAUGUUGGCACAAUAGUUGACCUCAUGGUGGAGAAAAAGAAAGUGAAAUUUGGCAUGUAUGUAACAUCUUCAGAGAAAGUUGAUAAGGAAAAUCGUUAUUCAGAUUUCAACAUAAUAUCCUUGCCAUACCCAGGGUGUGAGUUUUUCAAAGAUUUUCGUGACAAUAAUUUCAAUGCUGAGGGCCUCAUUUUUGAUUGGAGCCAAGAACAGUGUGAUGCAACUGUAAAUGUCCCAGAUAAUCCAUUACUAGCACAGUUGAAAAUUGAAUGGACAAAUUAUAAGAAGUGGGAUCUAGUUACCAUGACUCAAAAUUAUAUGAAGUACCUGCUCAAAUACUUACAGGACAACAGUUCAGGAAUUUUAAUCCACUGUAUCAGUGGAUGGGACCGUACUCCAUUGUACAUCUCUAUGAUCCGUCUCAGUUUGUGGGCAGAUGGUUUAAUCCAUCAGAAUCUGGAUGAACGUCAGAUACUCUAUUUGACUAUUGCCUAUGACUGGAUGCUCUUUGGGCAUCACCUUUGUGAUAGAUUGGACAAAGGAGAAAACAUAUUUUUCUUCUGCUUCUACAUGCUCAAGCAUCUCAUAGGCCAUGAGUUUUCAAUUGCUCCUGGCAGGUACAAAAGAAAAUUGGCAGACAAAGUUGUUGAAGAGAGUGUUAAUAGAACAGACAGUGAUACACAGUUGGAGCUCCUUUUGGAAAAUGAGCUGAGAGGAUCAAAUAUUAGUCUCAAUUCAAUCUGUUCAACAGUUAGUAGCAAGUCUCAGGAGCCCAAUAAUUGGUAUCACCAUUCUGAUGAACCUAAUGGGAACCCCGCCAAUUGCGGCAACUCUCUAGACGUCCGCGACAACCUGGCCUUGGGGGCCUCGGCCUCCCCACAGGCGAGGCGCACUUCGCCCGUCACAGUGCCCAUGGGCACCAGACUGAAAAGAACGGAAUCGUCCACCACGACCAGCAGCAUCCACAGCAACCACAGCACGCAGAGCACCCAGAGCACCCACAGCACCGGCAGCUGGCAAGUGGUUACCACCACGGGGUCGCUGCGGGGGUCGGACUCCUCCAGCGGGGGGGACAUGCCUUUUUCGCACUCGUCGAUGUGCACGGUGAUCGAUGGGGACGAGUGGUUGCAGGACGGUACGGCUUUUCCUUUGCCUUGUCGCAAGGAUCGGCUAUUGAAGGUGCGUGAAUAUUUCUAUGGAUGUUAUUUCCAGUCGAUCGGUUGCAAGAAUGUGAGAUUCGGACCGGAUUCGUCCAUUGGGGCAAUAUUUGGGAACAUUGCCGAGAAGGUAGGAUUCUCUCAAAGAACUUAACAAAAUGUGUUUAUGAAUUGUAUUCCUAAUUGUUGAUAGAGUGAGUCAUUGGCGAGUGAUUCAAUUUUAAUGACUGAUUAAAUUUAAGGUGUUCAUUUUAUAGAUUUAAUUACAUAUUGCAUUUCAUUGUCAGAACAGGGAUCAACUGUUUUUAUGGAUAAUUUUAGUAUAUCCUCUCCCCAGCUGUUUUGUUUGCUUUGAUUUCACCAGAAUAUAACUGAAAGCUUCAUGAAUUUAACAAUACUACUUAUUCAAUAACUAAAAUACCGAAAUUUAGGGGAUGAUUAUGGAAACAUUAAUUGUUGGUAAUGUUUUAAAUGUGAAAAUUCCAAUUCUAUCUAUUCAAUAUUUUAUCAAUGUCAGUAGAUAGUAAUGUUGUUGAUUCAAAUUGAAAUUAUUACUGUUUGAAUUUGUUACAAGGCAAUAAGGAUAUUCUGAUAAAUGUAAAAUUGUAGCAUUGUAUGGAUUUGAAACUGUAAAUUACCCACAAAACAUGGAAUUGAUCAAAAUUUCAUGGCAGUUAUAUCUUUCAAAUCAUUGACUACAUUUACUCAGGCAUAAUUAUUACUUUGAAUUUUAAUUGAAUUUAUAAUCCUCAC